CCAAAAAAGAUUUAAAUGAACUAGAUGAUAAUACUUUAAAUAUUGAUGGACUGAACUCAUGGGAUAAAUAUAUAAAGCUCAAUAAUGGAAAAAAUACAGUUCCUUCUACAAGUGACCAAAACUUAGCACUUACAACAUCUCUUGCAUCUAACAAUUUUACACCAAUAUUUGCUGCAUUUUUUCAAGCAAUGACUUCAAGCAUACUUUCAACAACCACAGGAUCCACUCUUGCUUCAAUAGAAAAUA